GGCACACCGUCUGUGGGCUGAGCCGUGUUGGACGUUUUUAGGGCACCUGAGCCGCCAGCCUGUGGGCCCACACCGCCUCCUGGGGACGCCUAAGCCGGUCGUGCAGCGUAUUCCUUUUACUUCCUAACCAUGUCGACCAAUGAGAAUGCCAAUUCCCCAGCUGCCCGUCUUAACAGAUUCAAGAACAAGGGAAAAGACAGUACAGAAAUGAGACGGCGCCGAAUAGAAGUGAAUGUGGAGCUAAGGAAAGCCAAGAAGGAUGAUCAGAUGCUGAAAAGGAGAAACGUCAGCUCUUUUCCAGACGAUGCAACUUCUCCGCUGCAGGAAAACCGCAACAAUCAAGCCACUGUAAACUGGUCUGUUGAUGACAUUGUCAAAGGCAUAACCAGUAAUAAUCUGGAAAGCCAGCUGCAAGCUACUCAGGCUGCCAGGAAACUGCUCUCCAGGGAAAAACAGCCCCCAAUUGACAACAUAAUCCGAGCUGGUUUGAUUCCCAAGUUCGUGUCCUUCUUGGGCCGAACGGAUUGCAACCCUAUUCAGUUUGAGUCGGCCUGGGCACUCACUAACAUUGCUUCUGGGACCUCGGAACAGACCAAGGCCGUCGUGGAUGGAGGGGCUAUCCCAGCCUUCAUUGCUCUGCUGGCGUCUCCCCAUGCUCACAUUAGUGAACAGGCUGUGUGGGCUCUAGGAAACAUCGCAGGUGAUGGUUCUGUUUUCCGAGACCUGGUUAUCAAAUACGGUGCGAUUGACCCACUGUUGGCUCUUCUGGCUGUUCCUGAUAUGUCGUCUCUGGCAUGCGGUUACUUACGGAAUCUCACGUGGACGCUUUCAAACCUUUGUCGCAACAAGAAUCCGGCACCUCCGUUAGAUGCUGUUGAGCAGAUUCUUCCUACUUUAGUUCGUCUCCUGCAACAUGAUGAUUCAGAAGUGUUAGCAGAUACCUGCUGGGCGAUUUCCUACCUUACUGAUGGCCCAAAUGAGCGGAUUGAAAUGGUUGUGAAGACGGGAGUUGUGCCCCAGCUAGUGAAGCUUCUAGCUUCUAAUGAGUUGCCGAUUGUGACUCCAGCCCUGAGAGCCAUAGGGAACAUUGUCACGGGGACGGACGAACAGACGCAGGUGGUGAUCGAUGCAGGAGCGCUUGCCGUCUUUCCCAGCCUGUUGACCAACCCCAAAACGAACAUUCAGAAGGAGGCCACGUGGACGAUGUCGAACAUCACAGCUGGGCGGCAGGACCAGAUACAGCAGGUUGUGAAUCAUGGGUUAGUCCCAUUCCUCGUCGGUGUUCUCUCGAAGGCAGACUUUAAAACACAAAAGGAAGCUGUCUGGGCUGUAACCAACUACACCAGUGGCGGGACAGUAGAGCAGAUUGUAUACCUUGUUCGUUGCGGUAUCAUAGAACCAUUGAUGAACCUUUUAACUGCGAAAGAUACCAAAAUCAUUUUGGUUAUUCUGGAUGCCAUUUCAAAUAUCUUUCAGGCUGCUGAGAAAUUAGGUGAAACUGAGAAACUAAGUAUAAUGAUUGAAGAAUGUGGAGGCUUGGACAAAAUUGAAGCUCUUCAAAACCAUGAAAAUGAGUCUGUGUACAGGGCUUCAUUAAACUUGAUUGAGAAAUAUUUCUCUGUAGAGGAAGAGGAAGAUCAAAAUGUCAUGCCAGAAGCUACCUCUGAAGGUUACACCUUCCAGGUGCAGGGCGGGACGCCGGGCACCUUCAACUUCUAGUUGUGCAGCUGAGACAGAUGUUGUUUUGUUGUGCACUGUUUGGUAAAAGUUUGUCUUACUGUUUCUCUACUAAGACCUCUUUUUUAAAUGUGGUUUGUUACUGUAGCACUUUUACAACAAAACUAUACUUGAACAGUUCCAAACUGUACAUACUGUAUGAAGCUUGUCUUCUGAAUGAGUUUCUUAUUUCUGUGGAAUUUCCUAUCUUACAGUGUCCUGUAAAUAAAGAUUCAAUUCCACCCCUUU